UAACAUAGAAGUACACGAUUCAAUUUCGACGUGCGAAUAUCAUUGUCUCACCAACUACAGAUGUGAGUGACCAGAGCCACCAUUACCUUAUUCAUAUUUCAGACUUUUACACUAUAUAUAAACCACCCAAUUCCUACCAUCAUUUAAACCAAACUUUACCCAAAUUAAAUCAAAUUAAUAUUAAACUAAUUUCAUUCUCAAUAUCAAAAUGUCUCCUUCUCCUCCUCCGCAACAAGAAUUCAUAUUCUGUUCUAAACUCCCAGACAUUGAAAUCCCAACGCAUCUUCCAUUACACUCUUACCUUUUCCAAAACCUCUCUCAAUUCCACGACCGUCCAUGCCUCAUCAACGGCGACACCGGCGAAACCUUCUCUUACUCCGACGUCCACCUCACCGUCCGCAAAAUCGCCUCCGGUUUAAACACAAUCGGAAUCAACCAAGGCGACGUCGUCAUGAUCGUCCUCCGUAACUCUCCGCAAUUCGCACUCACUUUCCUCGGUGCAUCGUAUCGCGGCACCGCCAUCACCACUGCUAAUCCUUUCUACACCUCAUCGGAGCUAGCUAAACAAGCCACCGCAACGAAAACCAAACUCAUCGUAACUCAAUCAGCAUACGUCAACAAAAUCAAGGAGUUUGCAAAAAUCAACAACAUCAAAAUCGUCUGCAUUGAUGAUUCAUCAUCGCCGUCAUCGUCAGAGGAGAAAGACGGUGUUGUGGAUUUCUUUGUUUUAACAAAUGCGGAUGAAAAUGAAGCACCGGAAGUUAAGAUAAAUCCUAACGACGUCGUUGCGUUACCGUUUUCUUCCGGAACUUCAGGACUUCCAAAAGGUGUUAUGUUAACGCAUGAAAAUUUAGUUACAACAAUAGCACAGUUAGUUGACGGUGAAAAUCCUCACCAAUACACUAACAGCGAGGACGUGUUACUCUGCGUGUUACCCAUGUUUCAUAUCUAUGCACUCAAUUCAAUUCUACUAUGUGGAAUUCGUGCUGGUGCGGCGGUGUUAAUUGUGGAGAAAUUUGAGAUAAAAACGGUUUUAGAACUGAUUGAAAAGUAUAAAGUGACGGUAGUGUCGUUUGUGCCUCCGAUUGUUUUAGCGUUAGUGAAGAGUGGAGAGUCGCAUCGAUACGACUUGUCGUCUAUUAGGGUGAUGAUAACAGGUGCGGCACCCAUGGGAAUGGAACUUGAACAAGCUGUCAAGGAUAGAAUGCCACAAACCGUGCUUGGACAGGGAUAUGGGAUGACAGAAGCAGGGCCACUUUCAAUUAGUUUAGCUUUUGCAAAGGAACCAUUUAAGACAAAACCCGGUGCAUGUGGCACGGUCGUGAGAAACGCUGAGAUGAAAAUAGUAGACACAGAAACUGGUGUUUCUCUUCCAAGAAAUAAAGCUGGUGAAAUUUGCAUCAGAGGCACAAAGGUUAUGAAAGGAUAUCUAAAUGAUCUCGAGGCAACAAAGAAAACUAUAGACAAAGAUGGAUGGCUACACACCGGUGACAUUGGUUUCGUUGACAAUGAUGAUGAACUUUUCAUCGUUGAUCGACUAAAGGAAUUGAUUAAAUACAAAGGAUUUCAAGUAGCUCCUGCUGAGCUCGAAGCAUUGCUCAUUGCUCAUCCUAACAUUUCUGAAGCUGCUGUUGUACCAUUGAAAGAUGAAGUUGCUGGAGAAAUCCCAGUUGCAUUUGUAGUUAGAUCAAAUGGUUCAAAGAUCAGCGAGGAUGAAAUCAAGCAAUACGUUUCGCAACAGGUUGUGUUUUACAAGAGAAUCAACAGAGUUUACUUCACGGACGCUAUUCCUAAAGCAGCCUCGGGUAAAAUUCUACGAAAGGAAUUAACUGCAAGACUUAACGAAGGACUAGUGGUGUGACAAAGAUAGAGACAAAUAGCUUGUAAAUGUAGCUCAUGCAUGGAGACAAAUAUAUUAUAUGUUUUAUCAUGAAUGUUUGUGUUUUGUAAGAUAUAUGCUCCUUUGUUUUCAAAUUCUUUCUUCGCAAUUGUUGAGAAUAUGUUAUCAACCAAUUAGUAUUGAUUGAUAUUCAAUUAUUUAUAAGUGUAAAUUAUAUUAUUAUUCUUGAAAAUCCCUUAAAAUCUAUGGAGAAUUUCAAUUAA